CCAGGCAAAAAUGUGAUGACAAGUAGUCAAUAGAGGGCGCAAUAACUUCUUGUCGUCUGCACUGCACAUGCUACAUGUCUGCGAUCCGCUGCAAGAAAGCUGCUGUUUUUCAUUGUGGUUUCAGUUUUUCGAAAUGGCUUUAAGUCUAGAGGAAGAGAUCCGUCGGCAGCGCCAGCAGAUGCACAUGACAGUAUAUGCCCAGUGCAUUUCCCCUAACGGCAAGUACCUUGUGGCUGGCAACAACUACGGAACCAUCGCAGUCUUCAGUAUCACAGCCUCAUUGAGUGCAGAGGCGAACAAGGAAACCUGGAAACCGCUUGUCUCCUUCAAAGCAUAUGAUGGAGCCAUUUAUGCAUUGGUAUCAACUGAAAAAUUCUUGAUAAGUGCGGGUUGUGGCGACAUCAAAGGCUGGGCUUGGACAGACGUUUUUCAGAAGAAUCCUAAGGUUUCCUGGUCCUUGUCACUGCCAGCUUCCAGUAACUUUGGCGCAUUUGAGACCAAUGCGCUAGCCUACAGUACUAAGGACAAUGUUUUAUACUCUGGUGGUGGUGAUUGCAAGGUCUACGCCUGGGAUCUGGAAAGUGGCACCAAAAAGGAGACUUUGAGUGGCCACACUGACUAUGUCCACUGUGUCUCACUGUACAACCAAUCACAGCAAUUGGCUUCAUCAGCGGAAGAUGGGUCCGUAAGGAUAUGGGACGCAAGAACUUCAGGGGAAGCAGUACACAUCAUUGAACCACACAAACAUGAGGAGUGUGCGAGACCUCAGCACGGCAAGUGGGUUGGGUGUGUAUCGGUGGAUGCUGGUGAGGAAUGGCUGGUCUGCGGCGGAGGCCCCUCGUUGUCCCUCUGGCAUCUGAGGUCAUUGACCCCCACUGUGACCUUUGACGCCCCAAACUGCUGCCCUCAAGUGGUGACCUUUCAUGAAGAUUCGAUUAUAUCGGGAGGCAGCACGCCAUUCGUAUACCACUGGAAUAUCAACGGCGAUCCCAAGACCAAGGUUCCCUGCACGGCGACGCGUGUGUUCAGUCUGGCCGUCAACACAGAGAGCGAGAGCAACAAGGUAUUAUGCGUGUCAGGAAAUAGCAGCCUCAUCGAUGUCUAUACUAACUUUGGGUACAGGGCCUUUUCGCUGGAUUUCUGCUGACAAAACGGCUCACGGAUACUGUUUGCUGCAAAAAAAUCCCAACAGAUUUAUGCGUUUCCACUGACCAAGGCUGUUGAUGGGCUCAGGUUUUUCCCUUCAUUUAUUUUUGUACACUUCAAAAGUAACUCCAUAAACCCAAAAAAUUGUUAGCCAAUAAAUGAAUCAUCAAAAUUUUCUAGUGGGGUUUAGUAGUUUCAACUUGGUUAAAAUAACAAAGUUAGCUUAACUAUUACCUUAAACUGGUUAACUGUUCUGGAUAAACCAGAAAGAGUCCUGGUAAGUUAUUGCAACUAAUUCAAGUUAAGAAGCCGGUUUAUUGUGAACAGCUGGUGAUAUUUCACCUCCAGGGCAUUGAUUUCACAAUACAUGUAAAUGUUCUAUUCAAAUUUAAUUGUCUGCUGUCUGUUUUCUCACAAUCACUGUUCGCAUUAUUUUCUUCACAUUAUAAAAGUGUGGAGUCAUGAAUAGGAUUUUUCCAGAAGACAAAAUGUUAUGUACAAUCGUAUAAGGAAAAACUUUUACUUUAAAAAAAAAUUGAGCAUUAAACCAGUUAAAAUACUUUCGAAAUAAAA